UAUUAUUUAUUAUCUAUGCACUAUGUUUGUAUUUAAAAAUUGAAAUUGAAAGAUAUGAAAAUAGUGGUAGUCACCAUAAAAUAGAGAUCAGACUAUGAUAUACAUUAUAUACAACCUUUUAAAAUAACAAUACUUCACCCAAGUUCAAGAUAUUUCAGCUUUUAACAGUCAGAAUUACAUUAAAAAAAUGUCAGCUCUUGCAUCAUUAACUGCUAAUUAUACAGACUCUGAAGAUGAAGGUACUACACCCAGUCAACGUAGACAUGUUGAAGAAGUGUCUAUUUUGAAUGAACCACAGUCAGAACAUAUACCGAGUCCUCAAUUACAAAUACCGAAUUCAGCUCCAGCUGUGACUAACCCAGAAGAUGACAAAAAAACUAAUCUUGUGUCAUAUUUUGAAGAUCAUGAUAUUGUUAUGUCAGAUGAAGAAAUUGACCGACGUUCAGAUAUAGAUGACGAAGAAGAUAUUUUACCACCAGAACCACAUGGCAGAUGCUCUAAAGAAUUACAAGAUAAAAUUACGCGAUUGCAUGAAAAAAUGGAAAAAGAUGGCAUGGACAUGAAUUUUUUGAUCCAAAAAAGGAAAGAUUUUCGAAAUCCCAGCAUAUACGAAAAACUUUUACAAUUUUGUAAUAUUAAUGAAUUGGGAACAAAUUAUCCACCUCAUUUAUAUGAUCCUUUAAGAUGGGGCAAAGAAUCAUUUUAUGAAGAAUUGGGUCGCCUGCAGAAAGAAGAUAUGGAAAAGAGACAAAAAGAAAGAAAAGAAAAAACUAAAGUUGAAGUUGUGUCUGGUACGAAAAAGACUCCAUCAAUCAAUGUUUCAAGUUCCCAUAAACAAGAUGACAAGAAAAGUAAAUGGGAUCUUACCACAUCAGUAACAGGUACAAAGGGAACAAUUAUCUCAGCUUUUGGUUCUUUACCAAAAAAACAAAAAUUGGAUAUUCAUUAAUCAAUUUUAGUACUUACCUAAAAUAAAUAUAUACAAUUGUAAAUAAACUAUUUUCUGAAAAGUGUUUUAAUUUUUGAAUAAAAGACAUAAAAUUCA